AUGGCCAUGGGCGCGCUGACCGAAGGGACAGACUUCCCUGUAGGCGCCAACGCCGAAGAGCGGCUCUGGCGUUACUUGCAGUACCCCUACUACCUCGGGCUGUUCGCGCAGCGCGUGGUUCGUGCGCACGGCAUCUCCAAGCACGUCAAGGAGAAGCUCUGCCACGCCGUCCUCCAGAUCAACAUGCACCUCGAUCAAGGUCAGGAGCCCGGCCCGGGCCUCUUCUCGCUCUCUGCUUGGCUGAGCGAGCACAAGUGCCUGACCCGUGAGGACUACCUCGGGCUGCGACGCGGGCUGAUCUGGCUCCCUCGCCUGACGGACUCCUACAUCGAGGAUCUCGAAGUGGUGCUCCCGGCGUGUGAAGGGAUCUUCCGCGACACGCGCAUCCAGCGCGACGAGUCGAUCGAGCUGAUCCUGAUGAUCCUGACGGCCAAGGAAGCGAUCGGCGCGCAAGGCCGUGACAUCUUCGAUCACCUGAUGGGCCUGAACACGCUCAACCGCAGCCUCAAGCGUGAGGUUUGCCAGAUCGUCGUGCACAACCCGAUCCCCUUCCCUCGCGGCGAGUUCGAGCACCCGCUCGAGACGAGCGCCCAGGAGCAGGAUCGCCUCAGCAUUCGAUUCUUGCCUGGCAACGUGCGCCGUCGCGCCGUGAUCUGGCUCUCGAGGCUCGGGCGCGAUCCGGACGAGCUGCUCAAGCGCCUGCUCAAGCCCAACACCGUGCGUGGUUAUGGCGGCGAUCAGGUCGCCUCCGGCGCCCUCGAUCUGUUGGAUGAGAAGUGGGAUGACAUCGACGAGGAUGGACGCCUCGCGCUCCUGCGCAAGGCCGCAGACCUCCCGGAUACCGCGGUGCGUAAGCGCGCCUACAUCCUCGGUGAGAAGUACCUCGGGCUCGAGUUCCUCAAGCAAUCACUCGAUGACAAGGCCAAGAGCCUUCGCGAGUGGGCCAGAGAGCGCCUCGACAGGCGUGAGGCUGGCGAGAUCCCGACCGCCGAGGAGCUCAAGGCGGAGCUCGCCGAAGACCUCGACGACGACGAACAGUGGCAAGUCCGCGUCGACCGACGCAAGAUCGCGCUCGAGCUCGUCCAACACGAGCUCGAGGGGUAUCACUCGAGCUCGCUGAAGAGCGAUCCUUUGAAGCUGAUGAUGCUUUGUGUUACUGUCGCCACCAUCAGCUGCGCCGCGAGCGCCCCGCUCGAAUACAUCGCCGAGGAGCUCCUCGAACACUUCGGCUGGGCGAUCGAUUUCAAGCCGCUCUCCUGA